CUUAUUUACUUAUGGCCGAGCCACCACAUUGAUGUGAAUCCUAGUGUGCGUAUGCUAAUGAAUAAGAAAUUUUCGGGGAACGCAACGGUACGACAAAAAUAUUUCAUGAAAACAUCAAAGUGUGUAAUUCCAUAUAUUGAGCCGUACAACGAAGAAGUAAUGAAAAUUUAUUCCCCACGCGAGUUUAUACCCUGUUCAAAUGAAAGUGAAUUAGUGUCGCCCUUCUACGACGAGAGUCGUAAGCGCUAUGUGCUACACAUCAAUGAGAAUGUGGCUCAAGAGCUUCUGAGUACCAUUAAACCAGAGUUUAAUUGUUUUUAUCGUGAAAUCGUGCAUGGCCUCGAAACUGAAAGCUACGACAAAAUCAAGCCGAAUAUAUACUUCUCACAAAACUAUGUGGUGCCUCAACAGGUGGAUGGCCUAUUAUUGGAGUGCCAAACGACGGGGGAGAAUCCGGUGACGCUACAAAAGGACGCCUUUAUGUUCAUACAAUAUCGGGAAUCCAAUGUUACCAAGUCAAAGCAAACCAUACGCAAGCCCAGUGUUAUUAUGUACGGCAUUGAUACGUUGUCUAGAAUAAAUUUGCGCCGCACUAUGCCUUUAGUAUUUGAGUAUCUCACGGGUCCUGGCUGGUACGAAAUGCAGGGUUAUAAUAAGGUGGGCGAUAAUUCAUUUCCCAACAUAUUUGCUAUACUGAGCGGACAUACGCCGGAGUCCGCCAAGGAACACGUAUGCAAUACGGACGAUAAGGGUUGCUUGGAUGAAAUUCCCAUGCUAUGGCAUUAUUUUAAGAAUGCCAGCUAUCUGACUGCCUAUGCUGAGGAUGAGAGUUCUUCCAAUACGUUUAGCUAUCUAAAACCUGGUUUUACCAAAACGCCAACCGAUUAUUACUUUCGUCCUUUUCUACGCGCACUCGAAACAGAGACGGAAAAUUAUCACUGUCCAGGUUGUCGCAUGGUCUAUUGUCUGGGACGACGCUUGGCAAAUAGUUAUGUGUACGAUUAUUGUAAGCAGUUCAUACAGCGCUAUGUGGAGGAGCGACCCAUUUGGGGCAUGUUUUGGUCAAAUCACUUUAGUCACGACGAUCCAUUUAUGCCCUCAGCCAUGCAGCAUAAGGUUCUGAACGAUCUAUUGAGCUAUGAACACGAUGGAGCUUUCAAGCACGCAAUAAUGAUAUUCUUUGCCGACCACGGCGUUCGUUUUGGCGAUAUCUUAAGCUUGAGUGAAGGCUUUCUGGAGGAAAGGUUACCUAUGAUGUUUAUUUACUUGCCGCCUUGGUUUAGGGAAAAGUAUCCACAGUUUGCUGAAGCAUUAGCUGCGAACCAGCAACGCCUGAGCUCCAACUUUGAUUUGCACAACACGCUCAAGCAUAUUAUCGAGCUGGGCGGCACACCAGAUGGCCCCGCAUUACCCAGGUCUUAUGCUUGCCCCACUUGUCAAUCUCUAUUCUAUCCCAUAGCUGAGAAUCGCACUUGUGCCCAGGCUGGCAUUGCCGAGCAUUGGUGCACCUGCGAACCCUUUCGCAAGUUAACAAAUUCUCAUUGGAGUGAUCGCAUUGCUUUACGCAUUAUAGAACGCAUGAAUGACUAUUUUGUUGUCAAGAAUAUAUCCCACUUGUGCUCCAAUUUAAGCCUUAGCUAUAUACACUCAACGGAAAUCAAAACAAGAUCGGAUGAUGACGGGGCCGCCACUUUGCCUACAAUAGAGACUGCUGUAUAUCGCACCAAAUUCAAGGUGAAACAGAACAGCGCUGACUUUCAAGCCACUGUAGAUUUUAAUAACGCUACCGAAGAAAUUCAGGUGAAUGUGGAGGGCAUUAGUCGCACCAAUUCUUAUAAGGAAGAUUCUACUUGUAUUAACGAUAAGAUUGCCAAAUUAUAUUGUAUUUGCUUCAGUGAUCUAAAGCCAUAG